UCGUGAGUAACUCAUUUCUCAGCAGUUAGCAGCUACACGUUUCGGCAGUCGUCAGCCAUGACGUGACAUUAGGUCUCACGGCUUCUAGUCCUCAGAAAAUGCGUCGAUACGUCCGUGUUGUAUCAAUAUGUGUGAUAUCGGUGUUCGUGUCGGUGCUCUACGUGUUUCAACAGCUCGCUUCCUCUCUGGAGACGGAGGCAGGAUGGCACGAGCCGCUCCCGGAGCGAGGCGCACGAGCAGGAGGCCUCAGCCUACCUGACUCCGAGCACAGAGCCUAUUUCUCUCGUUCUGUCAGGUGUAAGUCAAUGUCUGUCACACACUGGAAUCCCUAUUGGAGACUGCCCCGUGAUGUUUGUGGAAAGAACUGCUUUAUGGAGUCGGCUCGUAGGUACGCUGUGGAUAAAAUGUCAUCUGAGGGGUUUAAGGUGAAUAAAACUGAGCCAGUCAGAUUGGCAGUGGUGGCAUGUGGCCCCAGGCUAGAGGAGACUCUCACCAUGCUGAAGUCUGCGGUUCUUUUUAGUCACAGAAUUCUCCACUUUCACAUCUUUGCUGAGGAUGACCUUCAUUAUGGCUUCAGAGAUGCUUUGGAGUCAUGGCCAGUAAGGUUCCGUUCAAAAUUUAACUACACUACCUACCCCAUCACCUUCCCUAGUGAUAAUGCCAAGGAAUGGAAGAAACUCUUUAAACCCUGUGCCUCGCAAAGGCUUUUCCUGCCUCUGAUCCUAACUGAGGUGGAUUCUCUGCUCUACGUGGACACAGACAUCCUUUUCCUGCAGCCAGUAGAAGAGAUCUGGAACUUUCUCUCCCAGUUUAACAGCAGUCACAUGGCAGCCAUGGCACCUGAGCACGAGGAGCCAAGAAUCGCCUGGUAUAACCGUUUUGCACGGCACCCCUAUUAUGGCAAAACUGGUGUCAACUCUGGAGUCAUGCUUAUGAAUAUGACGCGCAUCAGAGCCAAACGCUUUAAGAACGAUAUGACAACAGUUCACCUGAGAUGGGCGGACUUGCUUAUGCCCCUACUACAGAAAUACAAGCUAAACAUUACAUGGGGGGACCAAGACCUCCUUAACAUCAUAUUCCACUACAAUCCAGAAAGCCUGUUUGUGUUCCCGUGCCAUUGGAAUUACCGCCCCGACCACUGCAUCUACGGCAGCAACUGCGCUACUGCUGAGCAGCAUGGGGUUUACGUUCUCCAUGGCAAUCGAGGUGUUUACCAUGAUGACAAACAGCCUGCAUUCCGAGCCGUUUAUGAAGCCAUUGAGAAAUACCCAUUUGGAGAAGAUAUAUUUAAUUUUCUGCUCAAGCCGCUAGAGGAAAAACUAAAGAAUACAAAGCAUACCUACUGUGGACGAUCGAGUCACCUUUUCAUUAAGAAAUUGCAGGAGAGCAUUAGAAACCUACAGAAUGACAAUCAUAAUGCCAGAUGAUCUCCUCCGGCUUAGUUUAUGUGAGUUAGUCACAUCUACAGUGUUGUUAAGAAGUGAACAGUGGUACAAAUAAAGUUGCUCCUGUUGCCGUAUGAAUGCAACAGAUGUUAAAAUGAAGCACUGAAAUCACUUUUACAAGUAUUCAAGAAGAGCCUUAACAUUCUUGACAAAUAUUUUUGUUCUAGAAGCUGGUCCUUACUACAGUUAUAUUAUCUUUUUUUUUUCCUUUUAAUCAUCAACUAAUGAAGAAGCUAAAUAAGUGUGCUAGUCCCACAGGCUGUGAAUAUUUUUAUGAGUAAUAAUAGGAAACAUGAAAGGCUGAGUAAAAUUUCAUCACCCUAAACAUUAAGCCUUAUUUCUUUCCAGGGAUGGCUCAAUAAAUGUUUUUAGCUGAUUUGAAUUCCAUUUAAUUGUUAAGAAUGUAUUUUUUUUAAAGUUAUUGUAAAAUUGUUGGGUUUUAUGAGCUAUAAUGUUUUGGAUUCAAGUGGUACGGACAAUGAGACAUGCUUUUUUUUUUAACCUUUCCAACUUAAUUCUGUCUGAAAAAAUUGCAAGCACAGUAAGGAAUUAAAACAGCAAAUUUGGCAGAUACCACUCCUCGAAGAUGGGGACAAAGCAUUAACCUGAUGGUGGCACUCUAAUGGACUUUUAAUGUUUUUCCUGAACAGGGGAUUCCCUUUGUUUGAAAAUUGCCAUUUGGGCCGCUUAGAUUUAUCAAUUUAAUAUAUUUUACAAUCACAGAUAGUUUACUCUGUUUCUAAAAACAAUUAAUGGGUGUUCUCUAGAGGAUAAAAAAUAUAUAUAUAUAUUAAAAUUAAGUUAAAUGUUAAGGGUGUUUGUGCUUUUGCUAGUGUUGUGGGAUUUUUCAUCAGUUUUUCAGACGUACAGGGUUUUGGCAUUGGUUAGUGAUGGUAUUCUGGUGGUUUUAGCAGUGUUAAGCAUUUUACUGUUUUUGUGGACAACUUGUCUGAAUGUUAAAUAUAACAAUUUUGUGCCUUGUAAGGACUUAAAGUCUCACGUGGCAUUGUUUUACGUGUAACAACAAAAAAUAAAUAACUUGGUAAGUGUUCACCCAA